UGUAACUGUCACUUCCAGCAUCACCAGUCUUCAUCACCAUCCCCGCUAUUCACACAGUGCACACAUCAAAACGGACUACGAUAGUAAACGGCCUACGGUCCAGAUCUGACAUCAGGAUGUCUGACAAGAGUGAGCUGAAGGCCGAGUUGGAGAGGAAGAAGCAGCGCAUUGCCCAGAUCCGAGAGGAGAAGAAGAGAAAAGAGGAAGAGAAGAAAAAGAAGGAUGGGGAUGCUAAGCGUGGAGCGGACGGGUCUGGGGGUCCCGCGGCUGAAGACUCAGAUCUGGACAGGAAGAGGAGAGAGGCGGAGGCUCUGCUGCAGAGUGUGGGUAUCACCCCUGAUUUAGCCCACGCGGAGCCUCUGAGGAUAAUAACAGAGGAUACGUGUCUGUUUCACUACCUAGUCCCCGCCCCCAUGUCUCCUUCCAACAAAUCAGUGGGCAGCGACGCCGGGAGCCAGGACUCCGGCGACGGGAACGCCGGGCCCAGGACAUUGCACUGGGACCCUGACCCUUCCACUCUGCAGCUCCACUCCGACUCUGAGCUGAUGGGACGUGGACCCGUGAAGCUGUGUAUGUCCAAGGUGACACAGGUGGACUUCCUCCCUAAGGAGAUGGUGUCCUACUGCAAAGAAACACAGACCCCCACCGAGACAGUUACACAUGGAGAGCAGAAAGAAGAAGAGGAGGAUGAGGAGAGGGAUGAGGCCCCAGUCCAGGACCUCCAGGAGGAGAAGGGGGAGCAGGGCGAGCAGGAGGAGGAGGUCAAGGAGCUGACGGAGGAGGAGAAGCUGCAGCUGCUCCACACCGAGGACUUCAUGUCCUUCUUCGAGCGGGGCAGCCGCAUCGUGGAGCGGGCUCUGGGCGAGCGCGUGGACGUCUGCUUCGACUACAGCGGGCGGGACCUGGAGGACAAGGAGGGCGAAAUGCAGGCUGGCGCCAAGUUGGUGCUGAACAGACAGUUUGCAGACGAACGCUGGACAAAGAACCGAGUGGUCACCUGUCUCGACUGGUCCCCACAAUACCCAGAGCUGCUGGUGGCGUCGUACAACAACAACGAGGACGCCCCGCAUGAGCCCGACGGCGUGGCACUGGUCUGGAACCUCAAGUACAAGAAGAACACGCCCGAGUACACCUUCCACUGCCAGUCGGAGGUGAUGUCAGCAGGCUUCGCCCGCUUCCACCCCAACCUGGUGGUGGGCGGGACGUACUCGGGACAGAUCGUCCUGUGGGACAACCGGAGCAACAAGCGCACCCCCGUGCAGAGGACCCCGCUGUCGGCGUCCGCACACACGCACCCGGUGUACUGUGUGAACGUGGUGGGCACCCAGAACGCCCACAACCUGAUCAGCAUCUCCACGGAUGGCAAGAUGUGCUCCUGGAGCCUGGACAUGCUCUCCCAGCCACAGGACAGCCUGGAGCUCAUGUUCAAGCAGAGCAAGGCGGUGGCCGUCACCUCCAUGGCCUUCCCCCUCGCCGACGUCAACAACUUUGUGGUGGGCAGCGAGGACGGAUCGGUGUACACCGCCUGCCGCCACGGGAGUAAGGCGGGCAUCACGGACGUGUUCGAGGGCCACCACGGCCCCGUGACCGGGCUGAGCUGCCACAGCGCGGCGGGGGCCGUGGACUUCUCCCACCUCUUUAUCUCCUCCUCCUUCGACUGGACCGUCAAGCUCUGGAGCACCAAGAGCACCCGUCCGCUGUACUCGUUUGAGGACAGCUGCGACUACGUGUACGACGUGAUGUGGUCCCCCACCCACCCCGCCCUGUUCGCCUGCGUGGACCUGGCCGGGCGCCUGGACCUCUGGAACCUCAACAACGACACCGAGGUCCCCACUGCCAGCGUGUGUGUGGAGGGGGCUCCGGCUCUGAACCGCGUGCGGUGGUCCCACUCUGGGCGAGAGAUUGCCACCGGGGACUCUGACGGACAGGUGCAGGUCUACGACGUGGGAGAGCAAAUCUGCGUCCCCAAGGCGGACGAGUGGACCCGCUUCGUGCGGACGCUGGCCGAGAUCAACGAGAACCGCGAGGAGGCGGAGGAGCUGGCCGCCUGAAGGCCGGGACGGCGCGGCGCCCCGCACG